GGCUGCCAGUCGCUGCGGUGGCCGCGGACGCGCGGUGGAGACGCCGGGACUUGGAGAGGCGCGGUACCUUGGGUCGCAGCCGAAGAAGGAGACAGAGCCUGAACUCACAGCCAGAUCCAGAGACCACAGAAGAUGGCCUCCAGUGACGUAAAGGUCGUCCCCCGCAGGGCCACACGCAGGACUCCUGCCGAGAGGAUGAGCAAGUUCCUGAGGCAUUUCACCGUGGUCGGGGAUGACUACCACACCUGGAACAUCAACUACAAGAAAUGGGAGAACGAGGAGGAGGAGGAGGAGGAGGAACCGCCGCCCGUGCCAGCCUCAGGCGAGGAGGGUGGCACAGGGGAUGCUGAGGCUGCACCCAGGUCGGCGCCCAAGCCUGCCCGCGACUUCAGGAGCAUAUUGAGGAAGCUCUUCAGCUCCCACAGAUUUCAGGUCGUCAUCAUCUGCCUGGUCAUUCUGGACGCUCUCCUGGUGCUCGCUGAACUCAUUCUGGACCUGAAGAUCAUCCAGCCUGACAAGAACAACUAUGUGCCCAAGGUGUUCCACUACAUGAGCAUCGCCAUCUUGACCUUCUUUAUGAUGGAGAUUUUCUUUAAAAUCUUCGUCUUCCGCCUGGAAUUCUUUCACCACAAGUUUGAGAUCCUGGAUGCUGUCGUGGUGGUGGUCUCCUUCAUCCUCGACAUAGUCCUCCUGUUCCGGGAGCAUGACUUUGAGGCUCUGGGCUUGUUGAUCCUGCUCCGGCUAUGGCGGGUGGCCCGGAUCAUCAAUGGGAUAAUCAUCUCCGUCAAGACACGUUCAGAACGGCAGCUCUUAAGGUUAAAACAGAUGAAUAUUCAGCUGGUCGCCAAAAUCCAACACCUUGAAUUUAGCUGCUCUGAGAAGGAACAAGAAAUUGAAAGACUCAACAAGCUCCUGAGGCAGCACGGGCUUCUCGGCGAGGUGAAUUAGACUCCCCCAGCCCGGCCCCAGAGAGGACCCUG